ACAACAGAUGUAACAACAGAAAGUAAGACGGCUUGAACACCUGCUUCUUGUCUGCACAGUCAUUUGCAGCUUAACUGCUGGGCUACCCUGUCCAACAGUUACCAAGAUCUAGCUGUCUGGCCUCCAACAUGCUCUUCUUCACUCUGUACGUGGCUGCACUCAGUCUGCUGGCAGGUACAGCUGCUGACAACCAGACAUUUACCAACUCUGGAGAGAUCGACAUCUCCACAUGUCCUAUCACCUAUUAUGGACAGAAAUAUGAGACAUUAUAUGUGGACUUUGACUCAGACAAGUUCAGAGUGUGCUUCAAGGGCUUCAACAGACUUGGGAUGAAGAACGACUGUAUCUUGAUGUCUAAAGGGACAGCAGACAGAGGAGGCCUGUCAGUGCUCACAAGAGAGAUUCCAACAGGAUCUGGGGUUCACAGACUUCUACCGAACCUCCAAACUGCUGGGAAAUGUGUCAACUUAAUACCUUUAAAGGACAGUCAACAAUCUCAAAUUAAACAAGUUGAACUGGGCAACUUUGGGAGACAAGCAAUUCUGGCAAUCAAGACAUAUUCUGGGUACACAAGUGGGAAUGUUGAGACAGUUGAAGUGGUCAGUGGUCGUUCUGUUUCUAGACAGAUAUUCCAAACUUCAGAGACAAUGAAUGGAAUCAUCACAGACGUGAGUGGAUGCAGACACAAAGGAGGUGUUUACAAGAUUAAUACAACAGUAUGGGAUCCAAACAUCUGCUCCAAUGUAACCUGUGAUGCGUUUGGCGUGGCUACAGUUGUCAGUGAUUGCGGUCCAAUGGAACGUUGCAAGGGCAACGGCAGCUGCAUCAUGGACGCCAUGUGCACAGUGACCGGUCCCACUAUAAUUGAUGUCAUGGGACACAUUCACACCGUCCCAGACCGGUGUGGGUACACGCUAAUGAAACACGCAUCCAUCCCAGGUUUUCAGGUUCUGGGGGUUUUUCAGGAAAGACGGCGCAGAGAUGUCAGUUUUUUGGACCGUGUUAUAAUUCACCUGAGCAAUGCCAAGAUUUUUCUGGAACAAGGUGGAAGAGUGAAGGUGGAUGACCAAGAGCUGUUACUGCGCACCAACACUCAGUCUGUCCAUGGUGUGAUGUUCUCUAAGGAUCCGACAGGAGUUACUGCCAAAAUAACAACCUCGAACCACACUGUUUCUGUCCAUUUUAAUGGCUACACUGCACAAAUCCACAUAACAGGACCAAGUGGAACACCAGUACAUGGUUUAUGUGGCAGCUCAGCAACAACUAUGGUUCAAGAGAAGGUCUCUAAAUACAGUGCCAGUGGCUGUGACACACAGUAUGAUGACGAGGCUGACAGUUCAAUCAACUUCAUUGACAUAAAUGAAUGGUGCAAUGUCUUGGAUCAGGCUCCUUUCACUGCUUGCAAAAUGCAUGUCAACCCAGAGUCCUUCAUGUCUGCCUGCAAUCGCACGUUGCAUAAAUACCCUGCAGUAGACGGUCUGAAGUGCCAGUUCCUGGAGGCCUAUGCCAGAGCCUGCAGCCAGUACAACAUUACUGUGGAAGGAUGGAGGUCAAAAACUAGAUGUUCUCGUGUCCCUAAGGCUCUGUGCCAGGACAGGUAUUGCAGCGCUCAUGAGUUCUGUGGUGAGAGGAGAUAUGGAGGGGAACGUCGAUGCCUUUGCAGGGCAAUUUUUGCCUCCAAGUACAGAACGACAGACAGUUUCGGUGAGCCAACGGUCUGUGAACACAAGUCAGCGACGCUAACCCUGGCUGGCUGCCUGCUGGAAGAAAAUGGCAUAGACUACUCUGUCCUGCACCUCAAUGACCAGAACUGCAUGGGUAAAAUGGACAACGAGACCCACAUGGUGACGUUCAGAUUUAACCCCACCCACAGCUGUGGUACUGUGGUCAUGGCAAACAACUCUGAAAUUAUCUACAAAAACACCAUCAAGACAAGGAACAGCUCCAUGUUUGGCGUUAUAACUCGCCACGACCCUGUGUACAUUGACUUCUCAUGCUUUUACCACCAGCCUGACAUCAAGAGCAUGGCCAUCAGACUCAAACACAGCUCUCUGACCAAGGAGAUUCUAUACGGACAGUGGAUGUACAAUCUGACCAUGAACGCCUUUGCUGAUCCUGACCACAUGCAACCUAUUGACUCACGCACAGACAUUGAGCUGGAUCAGAAAAUCUGGGUGGUGAUCAUGGCAGAAGGACUGGAUGAAAAGCAGGUCGCUUUAGUCACUGAUUCCUGCUGGGCGACCGAUCAGCCUCUGCCCAAUGGAAGCCUGAGAUACGACCUCGUCAUAAAAGGCUGCCCUAACCCAGAAGACCGGACAAUAAAUGUGGAGAGCAACGGAAUGGGCACGGCCACCUACUUCUCCUUCAACACAUUCCAGUUCUCUGGGAAAACUAGUGAUGUCUACCUGCACUGCAGACUUGAGCUGUGCAUCAAACAGACCAAUUCAUGUGCCCCAAUUUGCCAGAGGGCUAACAGGAGGCGCAGAUCUGCCAUGCCAAACUAUCUGAGUGAUCACCACCAACUGAUCACCAUGGCCUGGACUAGCUAGGUUCUUUCCAUGGUGACAUCACCAGAUGAAAGAGCUCAAGACCAAGAAUAAUUCCUGUUUGAGCCAGGGAGCAUCAUCUUCCAUCGUCCAUCAUCUUUUUAGUGCUACUUUGGGUUUUAUGCAGUUGCUUUCUCUGAGACUGUGAGGUUUACUUUGUUGUAUACCAGAUGUACUGAUUUUACCACAUUGAAUAAUCAGAAUCAGAAUACUUUAUUAAUCCUAGGGGAAAAUUAUUGGGUGUUACAGUUGCUUCAUUCAAGUAUAAUAAAAAGUAGCAAGAAAGAAAUUAUUAAUACAACAGAAAAAGAAAAAUAUAAAGCUCUAAAUAUACAAACAUACAUAAAGAAUAUAUAUAGAACAGUAAUUUGUACAGUAUGUACGGGACAGUAUAUUAUCAUUAUGAUAGUUAAAGAUGCAUAAUAGUCAUAAUCACUGGGUCAUGCACAACACAGAUCUUCCAUGUAAUGUGAUAAUCGGGUUAUGUCCACACUAAUAUGUUAGAUGGUCUUUUUCCGCUACAUUUACACCUAUAGUCCACACUCCAGUAUCUUCACAGAUACAUUCAGACACAGAGCUGAGCCUCUUCUUUAAGUUAAGGAACUAAAGAUCGUGUUGUCAUGACGAAGCAAUGACACAAACACCCACAUUUUUUAUCUGACUGGGUCUUAUCAGAGCCUACAUAUCCUGAUGUCUUGAUUUGUUUUUGUCACAUGAUAAUUUUCAGAGGAAAACAUCAGCUCUAACUACAAGCUGUCCACUCAAAGAAUACAAAGUCAUGGCAGUUAUGUUCUGGUUGCAUCCUUUGUGCAUUUAAAUUCCACAUGUUGUCCUGCUACUGUUAACUACAUCCACAACAAACAGGCUGUUAUUGGAAGAAUUUGCAAAUAUUUCCAUGAGUGAUACCACCCCACUGGUCACAUGAUAUGGAUGUGGUUUCAUGUUGAGUUUGCCUGUUCUGUCUGCCCUGGGUUCCAAAUGGUUUCCCAGAAAAAUAGGUGCACAUUUUAAUUGUGUCAAUGCCCUUAACCAAAGUACUGAUGAAAACCUGGGGUUGGUCUCUGUGCAGCAUCAAUGAAAACUCACUGCUCCUAAUGUGCCUCUAAUGCUAAUGGUAUCUGCUAUGUAUAUUAGAAUGAGUAAAAUGUGGAGAUAGAAAUUCCUUAUGAGGAUAAUAAAGGGACUUAACCUUGGACCUUAACCAUUGCUAUAGUAUGUGCAUUGCAACUUUUAGGUAAGUAUUCAAGUAUGCAAGUUCUGGACACUUCACCAGCAUGAAUAUCCCAUAAUGCAAUGCAGUCAUGGCAACAACUGACAAUGACAGAAGGCAAACAGAGCCCAAUAGCUGGUAAUCUAUAAUAUUAUAUAAAUGCAAACAGUUCAUGACUGCAAUACACAAAAGUAUACUCAAUAGUUGCCUUUCCAUUGGACAUCUGUGCAAAACUUUACCGAUAUUUACUAAACGUCAAAAAAAAAAACAGAAAUGCGUAAUGUCAGUUGUUCCAUUAAAUCGCAAAUGCGGUGAUUUGUUUAUUUAUUAUCGUGAGGUGACACAAGAAGUCAUUACAUAAACAUGGCCACGAAUGUAAAUAUUGUGUUGAUUUACAGAUAUAUUCAUUAUUACUGUAUUUUACCCUUCUAUC